AGAACUUGAUCAUAUAUCAUAUUGAAACACUCAACCGACCAUGAAUACACAACAACAAGAUGAUCAUAUAAUAAUGUUCCCAUUCAUGGCACAAGGUCAUAUCAUCCCAUUCUUAGCCUUAGCAAAGCUAAUCUCUCAGAGAAAACCCAACACUAAAAUCACUCUUGUUAGUACUCCUCUCAACAUCAAAUACCUUCAUUCAGCCUUAACCGCAGAAACCAGCACCGCAUACAAAAACAUUUCUCUAGCUGAACUUCCUUUCUCGUGUACCGAUCAUGGGUUACCACCUAAUUCUGAUAACACUGAUUCUUUACCUUCUCAUCUAAUCGUAAGCCUCUUUCACGCAUCAGAAACCUUGAAACCUUCUUUCGACAAUCUUAUAACCGAAAUCAUUAGAACUGAAAAACGCAUCCCUGGUUGUAUUAUCUCUGAUGUUUUCUUAGGUUGGGUUAACGAAACCGCCAAGCGUGUCGGUACGCUUCAUUUUUCAUUCACUACUUGUGGUGGGUACGGCACUGCUGCGUAUUUCUCUAUAUAUCUAUAUCUCCCACACCGUAAAAAUGAUGAUUCCAAUGAUCUUAUUCAAGAGUUUCACCUACCCAAAUUUCCAGAUACGUGUCGGUUACAUGUCUCUCAACUUACCCUUAACCUAAGAGAAACAGAUAAAGAAACCCCAUUUGCUAUAUUCUUACAGAAACAGAUUUCUCUGUCACUGAAAUCAGAUGGAAUGCUGUGUAACUCUGUUGAAGAGAUAGAAGUUUUGGGACUGGAAACUCUAAGAAGUUAUAUGGAUCCCAAACCGGUUUGGACUAUUGGUCCUUUACUUCCACCAUUUUUACUAGGCAAUGGGGGUGCUGUUUCAAACUUAAGGACGGCAGGAAAAAAAUUUGGGAUAUCUCCAGAGAAUUGUAUAGAGUGGUUGAAUCAUAAAAAACCAUCUUCAGUUGUAUAUAUUUCUUUUGGUUCUCAAAACACAAUAAGAACAUCAAAAAUGAGGGAAUUAGCUUUGGGUUUGGAGAAAAGUGGAAAAUGCUUCAUAUGGGUAUUAAGACCACCAAGUGAAUUUGAUAUAGAAUCUGAAUUCAAAUGGGAAUGGUUACCUGAAGGAUUUGUUGGGAGAAUGAAAAAAUCUCAAAAAGGGUUGUUAGUGAAAAAAUGGGCACCCCAGCUGGAGAUAGUAUGCCAUAAGUCAACAGGUGCUUUUCUUAGUCAUUGCGGAUGGAAUUCAGUGUUAGAGAGUUUGAGUCAAGGUGUACCUAUAAUUGGGUGGCCUUUAGAAGGAGAACAAUGUUAUAAUUCUAAGAUGAUGGAAGAGGAAAUGGGUGUUUGUACGGAAUUGGCUAGAGUUGAUGGAGAAGUGUUUAGUGAGGAUGUGAAGAAAAUAAUUGACGACGUAAUGGAUGGUAAUAAAGGAGAACUAAUGAGGAAGAAGGCGAUGGUGAUUGCUGAAAAAAUUAGAGCUGCAAUGAGAGACGAUAUAAGUGAUGAUCAUGCGAAAGGGUCUUCUGUUAGAUCAGUUGAUGAUUUUCUUGCAACUAUAACUUCUAGAAGUUAGAGGUAUAAAGUAGACCAUCUCCCUGCACCGAACAAGAAGAUCUCAAAAUUGCAAUGCCCUCUACUUGGAAGUAUUCUUCACAACAACACUAUUUUCAUUUAAGAAUUAUUAAUUAGUUAUUUCCCACUUUUAUACUGUUGUUACUUGUCUUAAUUUCAAGGGAGCUAUGUCGGCAUUGCUUUUUCCGGCAAUUUUCCUCAAAUUCAAAAUAUCA